CCAACGGGACAUCCAACGGGACAUCCAACGGGACAUCCAACGGGACAUCCAACGGGACAUCCAACGGGACAUCCAACGGGACAUCCAACGGGACAUCCAACGGGACUUUGAAUGGAACAUUGAACGGAGCAUCCAAUGGUAUCCCCAUCGAUGACUCUUCUCCGAAACUCUUUGUUCUUAGUGCAUCAACUGAAAAGGCACUAUCGUCGACUUCGGAGAACAUCAAGAAGUGGGCAAGUACUCACGAACUGGAUUCUCACACACUAUGCAAUCUUUCCCACACACUGGGUGUCCACAAAUCUACUCUUGCAUUCCGCCGAGCUAUCGUCGCUUCGACAUCUGCGGAGCUGUUGGAAGAACUAGACCAGACAGUCUCACCAAAGAGAGCUACGACCCAUUCUCCACUCACCUUUGUCUUUUCCGGACAGGGUGCUCAAUGGCAUGCGAUGGGUCGUGAGCUUAUUAACACGUCGCAAUGCUUCCUACAGUCAAUGAUGGCGAUGGAUGAUACGAUACGAGGGCAAGGAAGUUCUUGGAGUCUCAUUGAAGAGCUGCUCAAAGAGGAUAGCGUUUCAAGGAUUUCCGAGGCCGAGAUCUCACAGCCUGCAACGACAGCCAUUCAGAUUGCGCUGGUGGAUCUACUGGAGAGUUUCUCUAUCAGGCCCAGCCGGGUUGUUGGGCACAGCUCUGGUGAAGUUGCCGCUGCCUAUGCCGCUGGCGCUUUGACAAAAGAGAACGCUAUCGUUGUUGCGUAUUAUCGUGGUGUUGCUUCCCUGAAAGCCAAGGCAGUGGCAGAGGUGCCCGGUUCCAUGAUGGCAGUCGCUCUUGGAGAGACCGAAGCUCAGCAAUACAUCGACAAAGUCACAACUGGAACUGUUAGUGUCGCUUGUGUAAACAGUCCGGCCAGCAGUACGAUCUCGGGAGACUUGACUGCCAUCGAAGAACUCAAGUCACUACUCGACGCUGAGGGAAUCUUUGCCCGCGCACUCAAAGUCGAUACUGCAUAUCACUCGCAUCAUAUGCGACGAGUAGCACAGGAUUACCAAGAAUCCAUGCGCGAUAUUCAGUCUUCUGAAGUACGCAGCGGUGUCACCUUCUACUCAAGUGUUACUGGUACCACCAAGUCAACAGGCUUCGGCGCCGGGUACUGGAUGGAGAAUCUGGUCUCUCAAGUCAAAUUCAGUCAAGCAUUGGCUUUAUUGAGAGAUGAUCAGUUGCGAAACGAAGCAGGCAUGGACACGAGUGUUUUCAUCGAGGUUGGCCCUCAUUCAGCUUUGGCUGGCCCGGCCCGUCAAACACUGGCACAAUCAGGAAGCGGACAGUUCAAAUUUGAAUAUCUGUCUGCUCUGGUGCGCCACAAGGACGCUGUGCAGACGGUUUUGUCCCUCGCCGGGAAGAUGUUCGAGCUUGGCCUUAAGAUGGACCUGGAAGCCGUGCUUAAGAUCACUUAUGAAGCAGAGCCCAAGGCCAUUAGGGAUCUGGAAAAAUACCCUUGGGAUCUUGCGCCAUUCUGGCACGAAUCUCGGCUGAGCAAGUCUCAUCGCUUUCGAAAGUUUCCACCACAUGAUUUACUCGGCCUGCUGGACCCGGCGAGCACUGUUCAUGAACCUCGCUGGAGAUACUACAUUAACUUGGACGACUUGCCAUGGCUACGGGACCACGUAGUCGAGGGCUUUACCUUGUAUCCAGGUGCAGGCUACUUGACCAUGGCUAUCGAGGCUAUGAAACAGCUUGUGCAGCUGAGAGACGCUGAGCGGUCGAUUUCCAGAUUCGUCCUUCGUGAAGUGGCCAUCUCAAAGUCGAUCGUCCUCAACGAUUCGGAUAACGACGGGCAGUCUGGCGAAGUUGAGGUGCAGCUGAGCAUUUCCAACUCACGUCAGUAUGAAGGGAGUCGUUGGGAAACCUUCAGAAUCUGGUCAUAUGACAAUGCAAGCGAAUCAUGGACUGAGCACUGCUCCGGUGAAAUCACUGUCGAAUACGAAAGUACCGAGAAUGACAAGGUGAAUGGUACAAGAGAGGCGGAUCUGCGCCGAGACGAAUCUAUGCAACUCCUGAACGAUGCUCGACAGAGUUGCGAUCUGGACAUGACAAAGACUGAGUUCUAUGAAUUUGCCAAGUUGACUGGUAACCAAUGGGAUGGAGCAUUCAGUCCGAUUGAUUCUCUCAAGUACGGCAACCAACAAGGUCUUCUCGACAUCAUCAUUCCAGACGUGGCUUCAUUGAUGCCAUAUCGCUCUUUCAAACAUCAUGUCAUCCACCCCAUCACCCUCGACGCUGUUCACCAACUCAGCGGGAUACUGUUUAAGAAGUUUGUGUCCAAUGCUCCGUGUGUACCUACCAAGAUUACACUGCUGGAGAUUGAUGCCAAGAUUUCUGCACGAGCAGGCGAUAGUCUUACUGCUGCCAUGCACAUCGAACCGGAUGGUCUCAAGGCGUCGACAGGCCAGUCUUGGGUGUUUCAACAAGAGGCGGACGGUCAGCUUAGACCAGUUAUCAAGCUUUUGGUCAACCUCAGAGCUAUUGGCGAAGCGCAUCAAGAUGAAAACAGACCCUUCGUUCAAGACAAGGUGAAUCGUUUGGAGUGGAACCUGGAUGCAGACUUCUUGAAGGAAGCAUCGUUCUCCAACUUCCUCUCUACUACGCUUGGGUUAGAUGAGAACAUGACAUACAACUACGAAGGUAGCAAAGUGUCCACCGUCGAAGCCGAAGAGAGCUUCCGUGCAGCUGAUCAAGCGGCAUCAAUCUGGAUCCGGGAUGCACUGAGCUACGUCGAGGCCAACAAGAUUGAGAUUACAAGCCCUCAUCUAGUCAAGUACUUCAAAUGGAUGAACAAGUGGGUCAACUCUGACUAUUACAACGACAUCAUGUCAGGUUUGCGCUUCGAGGACGAAGUUAGUAUUCUGGAACGCAUUGAUUCACUUACCAAUGCACCAGAGUUGCAGCUGCUUGCACGAGUCGGUAAAGCUCUUCCCGGAAUCCUGAGUGGAACCCUUGAGCCGUUGAGUGUCAUGCUGGAAGAGAAUCUUCUGAUACGUGCUUAUGAGGGCGGAACCUUCAGUGGUGACUAUGAGGCAGCAGUUGCAUAUCUCCAACUUCUGACAUUCAAGAGCCCACAUCUCCGCUUCUUGGAAAUCGGUGCCGGAACUGGAGGCUGCACAAAGAGACUCCUCGGUGGAAUUGCAGACAAGAACAGUGGCAGCCUACCAAUUGAUCAGUACACAUACACCGACAUCUCGAGCGGCUUCUUUGAGGAGGCUCGCAGCACCUUUACUCACUGGGAGCCUUAUAUGGACUUCAAGACACUGGAUGUGGAAGGUGAUCCUCUCAAGCAAGGUUUUCAACCCGAGACGUAUGAUGUUAUCGUGGCAUCAAACGUUUUGCACGCGACAAAGCGAAUGGACGUGACUAUGGAACACGUUCGCAAGCUUCUGCGCCCGGGUGGAAGCCUCAUCCUUGUUGAGAACUCACCCAAGGGCGCUGUCAUCGGUCUCAUCUUCGGCACACUAUCUGGAUGGUGGGCGCACGAGGAUGAGUUCCGAGAGGACACUGCGUUGAUGUACAGGGAGCAGUGGAACACCAUUCUGUCAAGAAAUGGUUUUGGUGGGAUUCAUGUUGCGCGCAACAGUAUGAUGGUCUCCAAAGCUGUACCCUUGUUGACCAACGGACAUGCUGCGCGAAAUGAACAGAUUGUGCUCAUCAACGAUGCUUCGAAUGAUGCAAUUUUGGAGAUCUCCAAGAACAUCACUUCCGCCAAUGUUCAGAUCAACGAGAGCAAAUGGGAUGAAGUUGACGUCAGUGAGGAUGCUGUCUACCUGGUCAUUGACCGUGCUGAGACGCCUCUACUUCUUGACCCACAACCUCAAUUGUUCAAGACACUCAACGCGCUCCUUGCUGCAAAGGCCAAGCUCCUCUGGGUUGUGAUUCAAGAUACCUCCAAUCCCGUUUCCACAGCAUACAAGGGCGUGGUCACUGCUGUUGCAAGAGUCCUCCGUCGCGAGAGUGGCAACACUGGGUUCGUCACUCUCGACAUUCGCGAUCCUGCUCUCGACCCCGAAGUGACGGGACGUGUAGUAGCCGAGACGUUGCAAAAGUGUUUCUGGCCAAAGUCUCAGGAUCAAAAGUCUCUGGAGCCUGAGCUCGCGUACGAGAAUGGCACAGUUUCUAUUCCUAGAGUGUUGCCCGACAACACUUUCUUGAAGUGGGCUCGCAACAGUUGGGACACCUCCACUACGACCGAGACAGAGACUACUCCUCAUCAAGGGGACCGGGCUCUGAAGCUUGAAGUCGCUACUCCCGGUUUAUUGAGUUCGCUCCAGUUCGUGGAUAGUGACUUACCUGUCGAACUGGGACCUAGCCAGAUCGAAGUUAAGUCCGAUGCCUUCGGUGUCAAUUACAAGGAUCUAUGUGUGGCUCUGGGACAAACAGGGUCUGACACACAAAUGGUCGGCGAGUUUGCUGGUGUCGUGACAGCCGUUGGUCAGGAUAUGAGCGACUUGUAUCAGGUUGGAGACAGGGUCAUGGGUUUUAGUGCUCAGCCGUACAGCAACCUGUCGCGCGUCAACGGGUACCUCGCCUACAAGACGCCCAGCUCAAUGAGUAACACCACUGCAGCGUCGAUCGCUUAUGCAUUUGUUGCGGCAUAUCAAUGCAUCAAGAAUCUAGCUCGCCUGGAGCAGGGUCAGUCGGUUCUCAUUCACUCUGCAUCCGGAGCUUUUGGUCAAGCUGCGAUCCAACUUGCCCGAUCCAUCGGAGCAGACAUUUUCUGUACUGUUGGAAAUCGCGAGAAGCGACAAUUUCUGAUAGACAAUUACGGCAUCCCGGAGGAACGCAUAUUUUCCAGCCAGACUGGAUCGUUCAAAUCGAGCAUCAUGCGUCUUACCAACGGUGAGGGUGUAGACGUCGUGCUCAACACCUCGACAGGGGAGAUGCUUAGAGAAAGUCUGGAUUGCGUCAAGACUUUGGGCGUCUUUAUUGAACUCGGUAAGAGUGAGAUCCAAAAGGCGUCUCAACUGAGCAUGGCUGCGUUCCAAAAGUCAAUUACCUUCAACACCUUUGAUCUGAUGACUCUGGCUACACGAAAGCCCAAACAGAUCCAUCAAAUGCUUGGUGAAAUCGUUGAGCUCUUUGGGUCAGAGACACUGCGUCCAGUGCAGCCUGUCAACAAUUAUCCCAUUGAGAAAGUCGAGGACGCUUUCCGCCUCAUCAGUGCGAGAAAGCACAUUGGCAAGGUUGUUCUCACGGCGCAGCCUUCAUCAACAGUCAGAUGUCUACCCGCGAAGUCAACGCCUCUUCGACUAAGGAAAGAUGGGACGUAUGUCAUUGCGGGAGGUCUUGGAGAUCUACCUUCAAGAAUUUGUCGCUUUUUCGCUGCCCGUGGAGCUGGUCAUAUUGUUUCCCUCUCUCGGCGCACUAUCGACGAGGAAACGAGGCUUAAGCAUACGGCUGCAGUGGAAGCACACGGUGGCAAGCUUCAUCUUCUGAGAUGUGAUAUCACGGACGAGGAUCAGAUGAGAGAAGCCGUCUCAUUUUGCAGUUCGCUGCCUCCUGCUAGAGGUGUUGUGCAGGGAGCCUUGGCACUGAGGGAUCGAACCUUUUCGCAAAUGACUGUUGAUGAAUGGAAGUUGCCAUUACAGCCCAAGAUCUUUGGAACCAUCAAUCUCGACAAGCACUUUGCUAGCCCCGACUUGGCUUUCUUUGUCGCGCUCUCGUCAAUCGUGUCUGUCAUUGGCAAGUCUGGUCAAUCCAACUAUGCAGCCGGCAAUGGCUUCCAAGAUGCUUUUGCACGCGCCCAUGCCAAUCACCCGCAUACUCAAUAUGUCUCUCUCAACAUCGGCGCUGUCUCUAUCGAUGCCCACGGUGCGUUGGAGGCCUCCGAAAACGAGACUUCAAUCAGCACUAUCAGGGCGAGUCUCCGACAAAACAGUGUCAUGGAUAUCUCUUUCGACGAAUUCUUCUCCAACUUCGAAUACAUCACGACCGAAGCUGCGCGAAAGGAUGGUUUGCACCAAUCAAUCCAAGCAGUGACACGUCAAUCUAUGAUGGAAGCCAACGACGAGUAUUUACUCGACAACCCCGUUUUCAGCCAACUGCCACACGCGAUGGAGAAGAAGGACGGUGGCGCCGCCAAGACUGACAAGGUUGACUUUGCAGAGGCAUUGGCCAGUGUCAAGACUAUGGCUGAGGCGGAACAAUUGAUUCAAGACGCUUCACUCGCCAAGUUUGCAGUCUUCCUCGACCGGCCUGUGGAGGAGAUUCGGGUAGGCCAGUCGUUGGCUACCCUCGGAUUGGAUUCUCUUGUCAGCAUCGAGUUGAAGAAUUGGAUGGUUCGCACGUUCCAGGUCAAUCUGCAGACAUCGGAGUUGAGCGGUGCUGGUAGCAUCACCGCUCUCACUGCCACUGUCGCUUCGCGAUCGAAACUGAUUCCCGAUGAGAUCCGUCAAGCACAACCAGAAGAGGCUGUCCCUGUCGUGGAACAGGUAUCUCUUUCGAAACGCGAGAAGGCUCAGAAGAACCACGACUUCUAUUGCUGCCGUACAUGCAAGGACUUGCCCAGAUAUCCGCUUGUCGAUUUAGAUGAAGCUGUCAAGGACCUUCUCAAUAGUGUUGGCCACUUUGCUCAUACUCGAGAGGAAUACGAAGAGCUCAGUCGCAAGGCUCAUACCCUAGCCGCACCGGGCAGUCUUGGUCGCAGACUCUACAACAAGCUGCGUGUCAAGGCUGAUGACCCCAAUGUGGAGAGCUGGAUCGCCGACUUACUUCUGAAGGCUCUGCAUCUCAAGCGUCGCUAUCCUCUAGCACCUUUCGGAAAUUUUAUGGGUACACACUUUGACAGCCCGACACCACAUACCCAGGCAGAACGCGCAGCUAUCCUCACUGCAACUUUGUGCGAGUUCAAGGCCGACCGCGACGCAGGCAGACUGGAGCCUGAUUUCCUUGGUACCAGGGCUAAUUGUGGGCAUUCGUUGUCAUGGCUGUUCAACGCCGUGAGAGAGCCAAAUGUCGGCUGUGACAAGAUGAUGAAGUACCCGGAUAACGAGUACGUCGCAGUUUUGCGCAAAGGGCAUCUUUUCAAGGUACCACUCAAGCCAGCUGAGACAUGUGCUUCAUAUGGCAUGCUCAAGGCAACAUACCAAGCUAUCAUCGAUUUGGACCUGAAUGACAAUUCUUGGGCCGGCAUGUUGACCACUGAUAAUCGUGAUUCAUGGGGAUUGAAUCGACAAACACUUCUCGCUUUGGAUAGUAGGAACAAGGCUUAUUUCGAAACCAUCGAAGCUGCUGUAUUCGUCAUGUGUCUUGACGAUAACAGUCCCAUCACGCGAGCAGACCGAGUUCGGUGUGGCUACAUUGGCGACUCCUUCAACCGCUGGCAUGAUAAGUGCACUCAAAUCAUUGUCACGGCGAAUGGGCGAUCCGCAACCAUUUUUGAGCACUCCAUGAUCGAUCUCAUGACGGUGUCACAACUUUCACAGAGACUACAGAAUGCCAUCAACACACUUGAUCCUCAGGCGGUCACAGCAAGCAACGGUAGCAGUUCCGUCGAUCCAGUUUGUCUUGAGGAGAUUCCCUUGGUGACGACACAAGACAUUGAUAGGCAUAUCGAAACCCUCCGCCAUGAUUAUCUCGCUAUUACAUCCACGAAACAAUACGUCCCACAUUUCAUCAACGGCUUUGGCAAAACACUGCUGCUAGACAGCUCUGCGCCCAUCAAGGCGACUGUUGACUUGACAAUCCAGUUGGCCAGUCGAUUGUACUUUGGCUACCUGCCCGCUAGCUGGGAGACGGUAUCAACUGCACACUUUCACCUCGGCCGUCCAGAGAUUGUGCAGGUGGUUCUAAAAUCGGUCAUGGACUUUUGCGAUGCAGCUCUUGAUGAUUCUGUCCCGCGUGUCGAGGCUCGCACCAAACUCUUGCAAGCGGCACGCGAAUGCAAUGCGCAAAUUGCCAAGGGAACUGAAGGUCGCAACUACUUCAGGCUCAUGGAUGUGAUUGAGGUCAUGUCGCAAGACCAGAAGGACGAAGAGGUCCCCGAAUUGUUCUCCGAUCCUGUCUGGAAGAGGGGCUACCCGCAGCUGAUUAUGCAGACGAUGGUGGAAACAAAGAUAUCAGAGGAUCCGGGCUUUACCAUGCCGCAUCCAGAGUCUGUGUGGAUGAGCUACACCGUGCUUGAUGAUUCGGUUGAGGUGUGCUUUGUUAGCCCUCCGGACAGUGCAGAUCGAUUCGGGGCGGCUCUGGAUCGAGCAGCAGAGAUUGUGAAGGGCAUCAUUUCAGCACGGGAUAUUUAG